AUGGCACCUCCGAGCGGGUCGGCGGCGUACAAGAAGAAAGACGGCACCCUGACGAUGUCGGCGGAUCGCCAGUCGGUUUCUUGGAUUCCGGCAGCGGGUGGUGCUUCAGGAACGAUAACAAUUUCCGUGGCUCAGAUUACCAAUCUACAACAGACCCCCGCGAGUAGUCCGAAAGUUAUGUUGAAGAUAUUUGCCCUACCCUCGAACAAUCCCUCUGCAGCUCCGGAACAGUACAUUUUCUCAUUUACCGCUGGCGCGACGGCCCGUGCAGAAGCGGACGCUAUCAAAGAUGCCCUCAGCGCCGCCAUUCAAGCGGCCAAGACGGCCCAGGCGACUCCGGGUCCGGUUGCAGCAACCGGCGAAGGAGGAGGCAUGUCGGCGGCUAUGGCGAUGGCAAGCGCGGUCUCAUCAGCAGGAUCAGGGAAGCACUGGUGGGACGAUGAUAAACGUUUAAAGACCGAUGUGGAAUUGCAGCAGUCGCUGCUGAAGGCGGAUGCGAAUCUACAGAGGAUGUUUAUGGAGUCUUUGCAUACAAAACCGGAGACAUUGUCGGCGAGCCAGUUCAUGUCGCAAUUCUGGUCUACGCGGCUCCAUCUCUUACGCGCGCAUGCUAUUGAGCGAUCGCAAACCCGAGGCUCUUACAAUGUGUUGUCGACGCUAAAGCCACGGACGGAAGAUAACGUGACAAAGUUGAAUAUCAGCAAGGAGCAGAUACAACUGAUUUUUAAUCAGCACCCGCUCGUCAAACGGGUGUAUGAUGAGAACGUACCGAAGCUGAGUGAAUCGCAGUUCUGGUCGCGGUUUUUCCAGAGCAGACUAUUUAAGAAACUGCGGGGAGAACGUAUAUCUGAGGCAGAUGCGACGGAUGCUAUAUUGGAUAAAUAUCUCAAAGCCGACGAGUCUGGGAAUCUGCCGCGCGACAUACACAUGCCGCACUUCCUUGACUUAGAAGGAAACGAAGUGAAUCACAGUCAACGCCGGGGUAAUAGACCAGAUAUAGACAUGCGGCCGUCCGCGGUGGAGAAGGUGCCAAUUAUUCGCACCCUGAAUAGCCUGAGCGAGAAGAUAAUGGCGAAUGUUGCGCCAGCGGAUCGAGUGGCUUCGGCGCCAGUAGGUAAAAUGGAUGACGGGACAUAUGAUGAGCUACAGCUGCGCGAUCUACGCGGAGACGAAGAGCAAAGCCGCAUUCUACUGAACAUACGAGAUCAAAGCCGGUUCUUCUCAGCAGCUAAAAUCGCAGAAGACGAACGCAAUCGGCAAUUUGAACAGCAAGAUCCAGAACAGAUACUGCAAGACCUGCGCACUAGUAUUGCGCAAAACUUCCGCGACGAUGGAUCCGCGCCAUUAAGUCAGCUUGUCGAUCCUGACGAAGAGGAGGAUGCAGAGGAUUCGAAGACGAGCUCACGGCAUUACCGCCACCUCGCUUCCACGCAAAUCCUCAACGUGAUCAAGGACAGGCGUACCCAGACACAGGUUGCGUCAAACUCAGACACAUAUGGACUGACGUCAGCUCUGUACGACCGCCUGACACUUACGCACGCGACCACCACGGAAUUUCUGCAUCAAUUCUGGCAGGCAUUUCUAUCCGGCAAUCCAGACCGUGCGAGCGAAGUAGCGUCACUAGUAGAAUCACUCAAUCGCGCCAUGGAGCGUAUCAACGCCGUUGCGACGGACGCAGAGAAAGAGCGUCAAGUUGAGGUGGAAAAGGUGAAGCAGCAUGCGCGCGAGGUGUUACAGGCUACAGGGAAAAGGCUGCGUGUCAAUCUGGAUAGUAUACCGGGUGGCGAGCAAGCGGUGAAACGUCUAUUAGGGCCGACGAUUCGGGCAUUGGACACAGCCUUGAUGCGGUAUAAAGAGGCUUUGGCUGAGGAGAUGAAAAAUAUAGAACCUAGCAAUACUUGAGCAAUAAAUUAGGCAUCGAGGACUUACAUGCGCAAAUG